ACAAUGUAAUCAUUGCAAAAGCAUUUCAAUAAUUUGUAAUAUCUACAAAUACAAAGGGAGCUUUUUAGUGAUAUGAUCAUUGAACCUUACCAAUACAAAGAAAUAAAUUGUACUAUUCGAUUUCUGUUGAUUAUUUUAUAUACCACCAACCAAACUUAAGUGCCGAUGGAAAAAGUCUUAACCAUGGCCGGUUAAUGAAAUAUAAUCUGAUCUAACUUCAUAAUUAAUUUUACUCAUAAUCAAUUAAAAGAAAGAAGAUACUAGAUUUUGAUAAUUUGAUAAUCGGUUGUAACUGAUUUGUUUUCGAAAUUAAAUAAUUUUAAAAAAAAAAAUUUCUCUAUAAGGUGAUGUAUAGGUUUGUUUUAUUUUUCGGAACUGCAAACUAAACCGUACUAAGAUGAAAAAAGUGAAACAGAAAUUGAACUGAAUUUCAUAAUUAACUGAGCAUAUCAUAUAUUUCUGUAAUAAAAAAAUAUGAAAUCGAACUUACAAUCAAUCGAUACUUUAAUUUUAAAAUACCAAUUAUAUACUUACAAAUAUUAAUUUAAUUAAUUUCUAAAUAACCAAAUAUCCUAAAAAUACCUAUUAUUUAUAAAACAGAUUUAUCCAAAAAGUGAAUUAUCAUAAUAAUAUCAGUAAAUCUAUAAUCAUAUCAUUUUCAUCUUUGGCUGUAAACCUUUGAGGCAUAGUCUUCUCUUUGGGGUGUCACCCCUAUCAUCAGAAUGAUAAGUUUCUGUGUUAAAAAAAAUAAUCUAUAAUCAUAUCUAUGUGUAAUAUUCAGUAACAUUAAGAACAUAUACCAUACCACAAUUAUAUUAAUUAUCACGAAUUAAUUUAUACAACUAAAGCGGGGCAUAUGAUUAUGUAUUGUUAUGAGAUACUCUAAUCAAAGUCCCAUCAGCAACUUUGAAGAAAAGAAUCUAAUGAUUCGACAAGGAAAAGCUUAAAUAAUAUAAACUAUUUCGCAUUUUAAGCGAAAGCAUAUGAUUAAACGGGAAACCUUCUAAACUAUUACAUUUUAAUUAGCCACACUUAUUGAAGAACUUUUGCAUUCAUUUAAUUGAUUAAAAAUAACCUUAGAAUGCGCAAAUCACAUGCAGCUUCCUUAUAGUUCGUCCUUUAUAUAAACUCACCCACACCACUUCCAUCUCCAAACACAUUCCAAAACAUUUCAUUUCUCAAACAAACAAACAAAAAAACCUUGUUUAAGUUCACUACCAAAACUCACCCACGCCUUGACAAAAACACCUAAACCUUAUUUGACUAUCACUACAUAUACUACCUAUUCGAUCAAACUCACCCCUUAAAAUGGAGAACAUGUUUAGACUCUUGGGCAGUGAAGACUUCUCCGACAGAAGACGGUGCAUUUGGGUUAACGGUCCAGUUAUCAUCGGAGCCGGCCCAUCGGGGCUAGCCACCGCAGCUUGCCUCCGCGACGAAGGUGUUCCCUUUGUAGUACUGGAGAGAGCAGAGUGCAUAGCUUCACUCUGGCAGAAAAGAACUUACGACAGACUCAAACUUCAUUUACCCAAGAAAGUGUGUCAGUUACCCAAAAUGCCCUUCCCAGAAUCCUACCCGGAAUAUCCAACAAAACGACAGUUCAUCGACUACCUUGAGUCCUACGCUACACGGUUCAACAUUAACCCGCAAUUCAACGAGUGUGUUCAAUCCGCUCGGUACGACAAGACCAGUGGUCUCUGGCGCAUUAAGACGUCUUCUUCCUCCGCUACUUCUGGGUCGGAGAUGGAAUAUAUCUGCCGGUGGCUUGUGGUGGCGACGGGAGAAAACGCGGAGAGAGUUGUUCCGGAGAUUGAUGGGCUCACGACGGAGUUUAACGGCGAGGUGAUCCACUCUUGCGAGUAUAAAUGCGGAGAGAAGUACAAGGGAAAGAGAGUUCUUGUCGUCGGAUGUGGAAACUCUGGCAUGGAAGUUUCUCUUGAUCUCGCGAAUCACAACGCCAAUCCCUCCAUGGUUGUGCGUAGCUCGGUAAGUUAUAUAUAAUCAACGAACGCUCGCUUUAUAUUUAUAUGGCAAAUAAAUAUUUGAACUAUAAUAAACUUAAUACCUUUAUCUUUGAUUAAGACUCGAGCUAUGACUAAUUUGGUUAAUUUUGAUCAGGUUCAUGUUUUACCAAGGGAGAUUCUAGGCAAAUCGAGUUUUGAAAUCUCAAUGAUGCUAAUGAAGUGGCUACCUCUAUGGCUAGUAGACAAGCUUUUGUUAAUCCCUGCAUGGCUGAUUUUGGGAAACCUGACAAAGUAUGGGCUAAAGAGGCCCAAUAUGGGCCCGAUGGAGCUCAAGGUUGUCACAGGGAAGACUCCAGUGCUUGACAUCGGAGCUAUGGAGAAAAUCAGAUCCGGCCAGGUAGACAUCGUCCCUGGAAUCAAAAGGUUCUCUCGUAAUCACGUGGAGCUCGUUGAUGGUCAGAUAUUAGAUCUCGACGCUGUUGUUCUCGCUACGGGUUACCGCAGCAACGUUCCUUCUUGGCUUCAGGUGAGAAACUUAACAAAACAACUUUAGUUUGAUAGUUGAAGUAGUUUCUUGUAUGACAAGUAAACUGAAUCUGUUUUUUUUUUUUAUGCUCUUUAGGAAAGUGAUAUGUUUUCCAAAAACGGGUUUCCAAAAUCGCCUUUUCCAAACGCAUGGAAAGGGAAAUCGGGACUUUACGCGGCUGGAUUCACGAGGAAAGGAUUGGCCGGAGCAUCAGCAGACGCUGUUAACAUCGCUAAAGACAUUGGAAACGUGUGGAGAGAAGAGACCAAACGUGUGCAGAAAAUAAGAACACGAGUUGGUCACCGCCGAUGCAUCUCAAUUGCUUAGGCAUCAAGUUAGGGUUCUUACCUUCCUUUACUAUUUUAUUCAAAAGGGGUUUGAAAAAAAGAUGGUUCGUUUAUUAUUUCAUUUUUUUAAAGAAACAAAAGUAUACAGAUAAAAGAUAGGAAUAAAACAGUGUGUAAAAGAGAGCCCUCUCCUGAAGACCCAACAGUGUUGUUUUUAAAAGCUGUACGGGCGUUUUUAUUUGCUAGGAUGAUGUGGCGUUUCUCUAUUUAUUUGAUUUUUUGUAAUGUUUUUUUGUGUGUGUGUUGUUUCUUUUUGAGAAAAAAAAGAAGAGAAUUGUGUGUGUUGUUUUGUAAUGGUUUUAUUAAACGUAAUAAAUAUCUCACUCACUUUGUUUGUGUCGUCAAAAAAGGCUCCUUUGUUUGUUAUUUUCUUUUUGCAAAGUAAGUUUGGUAUAUGAUUAUACCACUGGAGAUAUAAAUAUAUAUAAAAACGUUUCAAACUUCCAAAUUUGACUUGGCGAAAAAAAAGUUCUGUUUGAUUAUUCGAUAUGAAGAAAUUAUGUAAAGAUGGUUGGCAAAAAAUGUAAUGAUCUGAAACUUAUCUUGUUGUGAACGCACUCCUGUACCACAUUCUCUACUAAAACCGGACUAGAUGCUCGUUCCAGAGGCUAGACGCUCAGUUAAAAUCAGACGUUAGUCACCAGAGAGGAGGAGGAAGAAGACUUGCGUGUCCUUGUCAACACACUCUUAUCAGCAGCUGAUCUAGAUGAAGAGUCAGAGUCAUUGUCGUCAUAUGUUUUGUCCAAAUGGCAUUCUGUAGAAAGCCCACUAGACCCAUCUUUGAGAGGCAUCUACGCGAACUCGGCAGAACAUCAAAGACUUGGAACCAACGUGAAGAAGCUUGUGUUCGACCUUGUCAACACGCUGCUUUUGGAGCUAACACCGAGCUAUCUCGGACCUCGUUGUCUCAAGAUUCUCUCUGGCAAGACAUUGGGGGCUUAUGUGAUAAACCGGAUGCAGAAAUGUUUAAAGGGUAAUGGAAGGGUGGAAGAUCGGUGGUGGGAUGAAGACGGAGACUUGAGCAGUUUGGCGGUGAAUAGAGUGGUGAGGAUGGAAGAGGCGGAGAUUGGUUCACCGGAGAGUUUGAGGUUGGAAAUGGAUUCCAUGGGAGAAGAACUAGAGUUGAAGUUGCUGGAGGAGUUAGUGGAAGAGUUUUUGAUGAAUUUUUCAAAACAAUCCAAAUUCUUCACUCCAAGUAUUUGUUAAAUCAUAUAUGAAUGUAUAUUAUAUAGUUUUUUCGUGUGUAUAUGGUUGAAUCACAUUUUUUGUUUUUGGUUUCUAGUUUGGGUGACGGAUAACUGAAACAAAAAGUGUUUUUGAGUAAUCGAUUUUUCCAUCAACCCUUCGACCAGAUGUGAGAUAACCGGUUAACUUUUGAAAUUAUUGAUUAAGAAGUUCUUAUUGGUUUAUGUAUUUUGAUUGAUUAAAAAUAUAUAUAGUAUUUACAGAACCAAUUAAAAUAUAAAAAAAUUCAAAUCAAACAUAUAAAAAAAAUUACUACGAGGUUCUGGAUUACAUAUUGUAUGAUGAGGUGUAAACCAUUUUAAAUGUACAUUUUUUGAAGAGAUUCCUCCUAAUGAUAUUUGAACUUAUGAGCAUAUUUCACGAGCAUUACUUUAUAAUCACUUUAAUAGUCCGUGGUCUGUCUGCAUGAUACAUAUCUUGCUGACCAAUAUAAUUCUAAUAGUUAGUGUUCUAAAUGCGCCUCUUAGAAGUUUAUGUUUCAUGGAACUAUAAUCAGUUAUGUGUCUUCUUUCUUUUUUUGAUCAGCUCAGUUAUGUGUCUUCAUUUGUUUUUAUUAGGCUUUAUUCAAGC